AUGGCGCACCCAUCUCCGUUUCAAGCAGAGCAACGCCGGGAGGAUGAGGAUGAGCGACGGAGAGAUAUUGGGCCGUCGGUCUGGAUGGCAGAAGAUAUGCACGCGGUUUCAGACGUUCAAGUCAUCGAGUUGACGGGAUUCGAGGACGCGUUAGGUGCCCUGAGCACCAGCGAAUUGCUACCAGCGCAACGUCGAGUGUACGAGAUCAUUGCCAUGCAUCUCGCCGAUACGCUGGCUGGUCAAGAACCUCCGCAGCUACUGCUGCAAAUAGAGGGCGAAGGAGGGACGGGCAAAUCACGCGUCAACCAGACUGUCACUCAGGUGUUUGCGCGUCUAGGUAGACUCGCGAAGGAGUCGUUUACGGGCGUGGCGGCAUCGCCUGUCGACGGCAAGACAGGCUUCAUUCGCAAGUUUCCCGCGGUGGCAGACCGUGCCUAG